UUGCAUUUCCAGAGUGGCGCUGACGGUUAGCGGAGCGUGGAGGUAUGCAGGCCAAAACGGAGAUGUUUGUCAGAUGUAACAGAAGGAAUUUUGUGGCUCUUUGUGUAAUCCUCUUUAUGGGAUGCACAGUACAAGGGGCUCCUGUUCAGAAGGGCCGAUAUAUGUGGGUUAAGUGCAGACCUGGUGCCAGUUCUGCAAAUUGCGUUGAAGAGCAAGGACCUCGUUUUGUAAUUCCGGAUGGGAGUGCCAACAUGAUCCUCCCUCCCAACGCUGAUCCGACGCUAAUGAAGACAUUUCAACACCACCCUAUUAGUUUCCCACAUACUGGAGAUGAAUAUGGAUCAGGAAAUUAUAUCGAGCUAGAGUCUGGUUCAGGCCUUGAGGACGAGGUGGAUGAUCUCAGUAUUUUUGACUCCGUGAUUGACCAACCAGAUCAACAGCUGAAGCUUAAACUAACGAAUGAAGAUUUAUUCUUCCAUGGAAAUGCAUUGUGAUCUCUGUGAUCUAAUUUCUUCCAGGCCUUUUGUGUUUUAUGACGCGGUGAAGUUAGACGCAGGCAAAAAUAUUACGUAAACUAUAAAACCAGCCAUAAACGCCUUAAUUUUGUCUGUGUGCUUUUCUUUGGUAUAAAAUGUAUUGAAUGCAAGCUUUUCCUCUUUCUUUCUUUUUAAGAUUAACCUUCCAGAAAUUUUGGAUCGCUCUUCAGUUGUGGGACAACAGAAUUUGAAACAAUUGGCAAUUUCAUCAAAUGGAAGCUAUAUUAGGAAAAAAGGACAACUAAUAAACAUAAUAAUGAGGCCGCAAUGCUAGAAUUAACCAUACCAAGUAAUGGAAUGCUAUGCAAAUUCUCUCCUGAAGCCUCCCUUCCUUUUACUUGUCAGCUUAGAGGUGGCUCAGCUAUUUUGUUUGGUUUUUGCACGGCCCAAGGCAAGUCAGUAGGAGUGUGUUUUGUAGCCUUGAGCUUCUUUAAAUGAGUGUUAAUAGCACACUUAUGACUAGCCACUCACAGACAUUCACGAGUGAUUCUGAUGUUGCAGUACUCCAUUUCCCAGUUUUAGCAAUUUAAAAAAAGUCUCAGAAAACCCGAUCCUUCUGAAAAACGUUGGUAUUUAUCCGUAUUUCCUGCUGUGUGCAGGAGAAGUUGCCGUCUAAAAUGCCCAGUGGAGGGCACUGUCCUAUUAAACCAAAUUGAGGCUGUACAAGCCACUGAUCACUGCUCUCUUCCUGCUCUCUACCUUGUGUAAUUACAGCUCGUUACAGAAGCGGAAGAGAUGCAGGAAGCAGAGCCAUGGUAAGGGAAUGAGAUUUCCCCCAUCUGAAGGAGCCCCUUGUGUCAUUCUGAAGUAUUUUGAGGCAUGGUCUUCGUUUGCCCAGGGAGCUGGCCAUGCCAGAAGCAGUGCAAAAACCUGGAGUUGUGUAUUGCUCACAGUUGGGUGGGCACCCCUUGAAUUAUGCCACCCUAUGUAGCUUCUGUGUGCGUUGUAGAGCCUCAUAAUAAUUUUCAAAAUGUGCAAAUAAGCAUGUUUAUCAAGUGUUUGCGUUAGUUUAAAAAAGUGGUAUUCUGACUCACAGAAUACCACUCUGUUGUAUUCCCCUCUGAAUAUCUCCGAAUUCCUCUGUAACCCCUCUGAAAUCUGUAACUCCUUUGAAAUUUGUCAUUUGCAAUCUGAGGAACCACACUUUUUAACAUGCCUAAAUUUCUUGUGCUGUUUCAGCUAUAUCACUUGGCAAAUCUGCAUGUCUUUAAUCUUUUAUCCAUCGUAAAAGCAGACACAGCGCAUGUUUUUACAGUCUUCUAAGCUGCAUUCCCCUGAUAUCUGCAUUUAUUCUGCUAUAAUUCUAUUAAAAUUCAAAGUGCAA